CGGCUCCGCCCGCCUGCGCAGAGCCAGAGCGCGGCCGCGGACGAAGAUGGCGACUGCCAUGUACUUGGAGCACUACCUGGACAGUAUCGAGAACCUUCCUUGUGAACUUCAGAGGAACUUCCAGCUGAUGCGUGAGCUGGACCAGAGGACAGAAGAUAAGAAAGCGGAGAUUGACAUCCUGGCUGCAGAGUACAUCUCCACAGUGAAGACUCUGUCCCCAGAGCAGCGGGUAGAACAUCUGCAGAAGAUCCAGAGCGCCUACAGCAAGUGCAAGGAGUAUAGCGACGACAAGGUGCAGCUGGCCAUGCAAACCUACGAGAUGGUGGAUAAACACAUUCGGAGGCUCGAUGCAGACCUGGCACGCUUUGAAGCAGACCUGAAAGACAAGCUGGAGGGUAGCGACUUUGAGAGCUCUGGAGGACGAGGGUUAAAAAAAGGUCGAAGCCAGAAAGAAAAGAGAAGUUCCCGGGGGCGAGGCAGAAGGACCUCAGAAGAAGACACUCCGAAGAAAAAGAAGCAUAAAGGAGGGUCGGAGUUCACUGACACUAUCCUGUCUGUGCAUCCCUCUGAUGUGCUGGACAUGCCCGUGGACCCCAACGAGCCCACCUACUGCCUCUGCCACCAGGUGUCCUAUGGGGAGAUGAUUGGCUGUGACAAUCCAGAUUGUCCGAUCGAGUGGUUUCACUUUGCCUGUGUAGACCUGACCACGAAGCCCAAAGGAAAAUGGUUCUGUCCUCGGUGUGUCCAGGAGAGGAGGAAGAAGAAGUAAGGAAGAGCUGACACCGGGGCCAGAAGAGCAAGUUGAUACACUCCUUUAUUCACGUUGCAAUAUUUUACCUUCAUCUUAAAGCUACCUUGUUUUGAAUGAUAUUUAAUAACUCAGUGGCCAGUUGUAAUUUUGGAUAUUUCCUAAAAUCAACAAGAACCCACCUGAGCCCUGUUUGCACAGAGGAGGGAUCUUAUGGGGACUUGCCACAGUGACUUUGUUCUCAUGACUUUUUGUACAGACCCAGCACUGAGCACAGCAGCCCCACGAGCCCGAAUGACUCCGUGGAUGUAUGCGUGCGGUGUGCUGGGUGCGGUGGGAUGUGCCAGCUGGGAACAGAUACUGCCAUCACUUUGCAGCUAGAGGUGUGAGCCUUAUGUGGUCUGCAGUUUCCUGGGCUUCCCGAGAGCCCACACCACUGUAUGCACAUUGGCCACGCUGAGUGCACGGGUGUGUAGUCUGGUGGGCGUUGCCGGAAGGCGCCCUCCCGACUCGUGCGCUCGGAGCUGGCAGCUGCACAGGAAGGGCUGCGCUCUCCCAGAAGGAGCUCUGCUUGGCUGUGCACUGCCUUUUAGUCUGGACUCCCUGAGGUUUCACUGUCUGGAGUAAACGGCUCUGGAUUGGCAGAUGGGCCGUAGGUUACCACGACCAGCACCAAUGAGAAACAGCAUAACAGACUGGCAGAUGUUCCAUUUCUCUGGGAAUUCCGGAUGUUUUUACUGUGAAGAUGAAAUUAUUGUAAUCGCAUGAAGUCUGUUUGUGAAGUGAAUCCAGUCUACUAAGAGCCGAUUUUGAACCUGUUUCUGUUACACACUGGGUCAGCACUUUGUCUCCCAGAGGACUACAAUUAUGUGAUGUGAUUUGUGAAUUUCUUGUGCCACAAUAGCAGUUCUGGAAUGAAGCUAGGAAACUAGAGUGUACUUUCUGUUUAAUCAGCAUUCACCAAACUGA